CUCGUUGACUGAUUUGUUGUUGAUCCAUUCGCUCCCACUACUGUGACACACAGCUGCAUGCAUUGUCAAUGGUUGGCUCCCCACGCACGCGUAGCUGUUAGCCCGACGCGACUUUCCUCAGCGUUCCACGGAGCACUCUGUGGUGUGGGCAAGCAACAGCAGUGCACGCAGCAAUUCCUCGAGCUGAGCCGAGCCUUGCCUUCUCCUGGCCCACAUACACCUGACCUGGCACAGUCCACCGGCACACUCCAAAGUAUGCUCAAUGAGCAGCUCGUCGCCGCCGCCUCUGGUCAACAGCAACCCCGCGAGUGGUGAGCUGGCACGGCCACCACCAACACGGCAAGAUCCUCCCCCAACGCCGCCGUCGGCACGCACCGCACCAACAUCGCCGCGCCAGUCGCCCAGCAGCAACGUCCUCGACAGAAGUAAUAGCACGAGCAGCAGCAGCAGUGGUAGGAAGUUGGCGAGAAACGUCGCGCCCGGCCUGCUUGCGCGCAUGAAGUUUCUCAACCAGGGCGCCGACAGCAAGACGACGACGGCCACGCCUGCCAUUGGCCGCAUCUCCGAGCACAAGAUCCGGCACCUCGACGAAUUCCACAAGGACCGCAACGUGCGCAUUGAGCGUCGCGGCACCGCCUGGAACGGCACCACGGCCAGCCAGGCGGGCACGCCGCUGAUUCCCCAGCUCACGGGCGAGAGCGUCCCCGCGCUGCACAUGGAGCCCGACAUCGAGAGCGACUACAGCGACGUGACUAAAAGUGACAGGGUGCUGCCUGAGGAGGGUGAGCGCCAUGGCUUGGACGUGCAGGCGUAUAAACUGCCCGACGUCGCCGCCGACGCCGCCAAAGAGCUGCCGGACGUUGAUGUCAUAACGUCAACAACAGCAACAACAAUAACACCACCACCUCCAACACCACCAACCACAUCCAUCGCCGCCGACAUGUCGCGUCCGCCCACGCCCCCGCCCAAGGACACGCCCCCCCUCGAGGAAGUCUCGGUCCUCGACGACGUAAAUGGCAUCGACGUCGCCGCCUACUUCUCCCGCCGCCACCACCUCCACCGCACAAACUCCGUCUACACCCUCUCCAAGGCCAGCUUCACCAACCAGAUCCAGCAGCUGACGUCGAUGAAGCUGCCCCCCACGACUAUCGCCUCGGAAAUCACCGCCCUCCCCUCGUCGACGCUCGCCGGCCGCGCCCUGCACAAGGCCGCCAACGACAUCCGCCUGUGGAUGACAAAGGCGACAGAGGUUCUCGAAGGCCUCGACGCUGAGGAUGACGUCGAGUGGGCUGCUGCUGCCGGACGGGAAGGGUUGGCAGAAGUGGACUCCGCAAUCAGCAAGUUCGAGGGCCUCAUCACCGUCUACAUCACCGCCAUCGAGGACCUGCAGUCGCGACCCGACAUUGCGCUGCUACCGGCCAGGGACCAGGAAACGCUCGUGAGCCAAAUGGAGGAUGUCGUCAACAACUGGUCGGAGAUCAAGAAGACGCUCAGGGGCAUCAAGAACCAGGUCGAGGUUGCCAUGGAGUGGGAAGAGCUGUGGAACACGGUGCUUGGCGAAAUUGGUCUUGAAGUCGAGAAUCUGAGCCGGCUGGUUUUUGAGAUGGAGGAGCGCCGCCACCGCGUCAUAUCUGACUCUGUUGCUGAGUCGGCGGAGAAAUUCGACAUUGCGGAGCUCGAGACGAUUGUUGAGGAAUUGCCGCGACAGGCCAAGAUUCUCAGCCAUCGGUUUAGUAUGCCGCCAACGCUUGCAGUUCUGUCGCCUACCUCGCCUAUUCCAUUGAUUGAGCAGGAAAAUACAAAGCUGCUGGCUCUGUUUGCAAAACUACAACCACUACGCGCAUCGCUUGACUUCCUGCCUAUGCGUCUAGCUUCUUUCCAGCACCGUGCGGGCAAUAUAUUUCCUUCAGCGUGUGAGGAGCUGAUGGAGAGGAAAGAGCAGCUGGAGCAGCAGGAGAAGCAACUCGAAGCAGAAGCAGAUGCGCUGCGAGAAGAGCUGGGCGAGGACAAGUGGGUGCACAGCUUCAGGCAAGCGGGCAGCAAAGCCGUGGCGAUGUACGACUCCUGCAUCAAGAGCAUCCAGAGACUGCGACAGGCCAUUGAUGAGGGCGACGACGAAAAGCUGACCUCGCGCAUCGCAACAUACAAAGACAAGAGGGACCACUAUCCGCCGUCGAUGAAGCGCGUGUUGGAGUUGAUUGACAUUGAGAUGAAGCACAGGUCGACAGUCAAUGGCGAGAUUUUGCGAAUUCAGCAGGAUGUGAGACAGAAGGUGUCUCACCUGGAGACGGAGACCACCGACAUGGAUGCGCUUUUGGAUGAAUUCAAGGCGUCGCGCAAGCUUCGCGACUCGGUGUCUACAGUUCUGUCUGCUCGCACAGAGGCCUCACUGUCAGGAUCCGCCGUCGACACACCAAACAGCUCCCCUGCAUCCAGUAUCAUCAUGAGCCGCAAGAGCAGCGACUACGACACGACAACAUUAUCAGGGAAGAAGGUCCGCCAGGCUCCCGGCACCGCCUCGAAACCUCUGAAUCGCCGCUACUCCAGCAUGCCCAUUGGCAUGAGUCCCGCUCCUCGCAAAUCCCUCCAACCAACCACCCAUCUCCAGCCCCCAGCACCAUCCCGCACCACAUACCACACCCCCGUCCGCGCCGCCCGCGAAAUAACCCCCCCACCCGACCGGCCCGCCAACCGCCCCUCCAACAAACCACGCUGGAACUCCAGCACAAAUAUGAGCGACACAGUCGGCCCGUCUACCCCGGCGAAGAACUCACACUCCAUGCCCACUACGCCUCUCUCUGCUUCACAUACACCCGCCGGCACCCCGUCGUCGUCGCGCCGCGUCAGCAUCGCGCCCCAGGAUCACGACGCAAGAGACGAGAGUCCCGUCCCGAGACGCGCAAGUCGGCCUACGAGCGCGAUGAAUGCGCGUAGGAGCAGCAUGAUGCUUCCUGCGCCUAGGACGCAGAUGCGCACUUCUUCCGCGUUGAGUGUUAGUCCUGCUCAGGGUGGGGGGUUGGGCAGUAUUGAUGAGGGGAGGAAGAGUCGUGGGAGUGGGGGUGCGAGGGGGGAUGGGAAUGGACGGCAGAGUAGUGCGGGGGAGAGGAGGGUGUGGAAGUGAGGCUUGGGGUUCUUCGGUUUUUUUCUUCUUUUUUCGUCUUUUUGGACGGUUUUUUGAGCGAGCGAGCGAGCGAGCGAGUUUCUUUCUUCGGUGUCGUGUUGUGGCGUGGCGUGCUUUUCACUCCCCCUCCUUAGCUUUUUUUCCGUUGGGGAUGGGAUGGGCAUGGCAUUAGGGAUUUUUCAUGGCGUUUUUUGGGGGGUUGUCCUGUUUGUACGGAAACAGGAACGGGAACAAGCAUAGGGCUGUGUUGGGGCAGGGCAGGACUUGGUGGGGGUGGGCAGGGGCUUGGUAGGGAAGGCAAGGCAAGUGUACUUUUAUACCCUGGUGUUUCUUUUUUCUGUGUGUGUCUUUCUUCUUCUUCUCUUCUCUUCUGCGAAGUGCAGAGGGAGGUUUUACUGGGUUUUGGUG